AUGGACUGGAUCAUAUUCGUAACCGCUUUUGGGACAGUGUUAAAAGCGGUUCAUUGUUUCAACAUUGACCCAGUUGCUUGGAAGUCUCUCAGCCAUCCAGCUGCAGGUUUUGGUUACCAGGUGGUUCAAAGACAAUUUAAUUUGCUCGUCAGUGCCCCCCUUGAACAAUACUCAAGAAAUGGAAGGGGUAAAAUAUUUUCAUGCUCAACUACGAGCUGCACACCUCUUCAAGAGCAAACGACUGUUACCAACAUGUCCCUUGGUUUGGCAAUGACCAGCGAUCCUUCAACUCAGAACACUUUGGCAUGCGGACCAACUAUUCCUAAAGACUGCAAAACAAUCACAAUGUACAAUGGUUUGUGCUUCGAGAUAAAUCAGCUUAACAGAUUUGGACGUUCUUACCCAUCUUCUCCUGAAGAGUGUCAAACUCAAGCUGACAUUGCUUUUCUGUUGGAUGGCUCAGGAAGUGUAUCUGCUGAUGAUUUUAUUAGAAUGAAGACUUUUGUGAAAGAUCUAAUCAGUGCAUUUCUGGGAAAGGAUGCACAAUUUGCCAUUACCCAGUUUUCCACUGAAAUUCAAACUCAUUAUUACUUCAACACAUUUAGCACUUCAGACUGGAAAAUACAAAUCGAUAGCAUUGAUCAAAUGGAAAGAGGGACAUACACAGCUGCAGCCAUCCAAAAUGUUGUGAUUGAUGUCUUCUCACCAUAUAAAGGUUCCAGAUCAAACGUGAAGAAGAUCUUAAUUGUCAUUACAGAUGGAGAAUCUAAUGAUGGCCAAAACCUUCCAGAAGCAAUAAGAUUAGCAAAUGGUAAAAACAUUGUUCGAUUUGCUAUUGGGGUGGGAAAUGCAUUUUUACGCAAUGAAGCGAACGAAGAACUCAAAACGAUUGCAUCUGCUCCACCUGACGAGUUUAUGUUUCAAGUGGAAGGCUUUGAGGCGCUUCACAAAAUACAAGAGAAUUUGCAAAACAAAAUUUUUUCUAUUGAAGGAUCUCAAACUGGUGGUGAGACACUGAAACUUGAAAUGUCUCAAGAGGGGUUCAGCGCAGCUUAUGUACCCGGGGGAAUUCAGAUGUCUAUUGUUGGUGCUAACCAGUGGAGAGGAGGCUACAAGAAAUACUCACUUUCAAAUGCAAUAAACACUGGGUCAUAUGAACCAGCAAAAAUAGAGCCUGACAGCUAUCUUGGUUAUUCCAUGGCUGUUGCUACAAUCACAUCAGGCACCCUGACAGUUGUUGGGGCUCCAAGAUAUAAACACAGAGGAGCUGUCAUCUCUGUUUACAGAGAAGAUCGUCAGAAAAUAAUCGACCCCUAUCCACACCAGACUGGUGGAUAUUUUGGGGCAGAAGUUUGUGCCAUGGAUGUGAAUUCUGACAGCUACACUGAUCUGAUCCUCAUCUCUGCUCCGAUGUACAAGGACCAGGACAGAGAGGGACGAGUUUAUGUUUGCACCCUAACUCGUCUGAAUGUAGAGUGUCACUUUGAUUCUCCAUCACAGCUAAAGGUGCUACAAGGAGAUCCAUCAUCCAGAGGGAGGUUUGGGUCUUCUCUUGCUGUUCUUCCUGACCUAAAUGCAGACAGAUUUAAUGAUUUAGCAGUUGGAGCUCCUUUAGAGAAUAACGGACAAGGCUCAGUCUACAUAUUUCAUGGUGAGGGAGGCGGAAGUAUUGACUCUACCUACUCACAGAGAAUCGCUGCCUCUGAAGUCCAAUCAGGACUAAAGUUCUUUGGUUUGUCAAUCAGUCAGUGGUCCUACGAUCAGAGUGGAGACACACUGCCUGACUUAGCCGUGGGUUCAAAGGGUAAAGUUGUCUUACUCAGAUCCAGGCCUGUAGUGAUGGUGGAUGCCAUGGUGUCAUUCAGCCCCAAAGAAAUCCCAACUCAAAACGUAGACUGCACAAAACCCCUAGAAGGAACAUCUAAAAUUUGUUUCACCAUGAGAAGAUUGUCUGGAAGUGAUGCAGUUCAAGCCCAGAUUAAUUACACUUUUACACUGGAUGCAACUCGUUCAACUCCAAAGAACCGAGCUUACAUCAGUAAGGAUCAGAGACACAAAACAGGAUCAGUUAUUGUUGAUUUAAAUGGACAAAAGUGCAGCAAUGUGAAAUUCUCUAUCAAGACUUGUCCUGAAGAUGUUCUCAAUCCUCUACAGAAUCAGCUGAGAUUCACCUUCAGCGGUUUUCCCUCCAACACAAAUCUUAAACCAAGUCUCGCCCAGGAGGCUCAAGCAACAACCUUUCAUCCUAUUGGAUUUGAGAUCAGCUGUGGCGCUGACAUGGUAUGUACAGAUAACCUGAAAGUGGAUUUCAGUUUUACAAGUUCCUCAGAGGUUAAAGUUGGCAUUGAUGAGCUCCUGGAUGUAACUGUCUCAGUGGAGAACAGAGGAGAAAACUCUUACAACAGUCACAUCAUUCUCACAUAUCCUGUUGGGCUCUCCUACAGGAAGUUUACAUCUCUGCAUGGGAGAAUUGAGUGCAACUCCUUGGACAGUGAAGAUGGUGAAACAAAAGGAAAGACAGACUGCACUGUUGACAAACCUAUUUUCAAAAGCGACUCUAUGGCUAGUUUCAUCGUCUCCUAUGGUUUCAAUCCCAGCAGACCACUUGACCGAUGGAUCUCUGUGACUGCAAAUGCCACCAGUGGGAACCAGCAACAUUCCUCUGCAAGUGAACUCUACAAGAAGAGAGACAUUGAAGUGAAGUACAGCAUUUUUAUGACAAUGGAAAGCCCCAUCAGCUAUAGUAAUUUCACAUUUGGAAAAAAUAAUCUCCAAAAACCAGUCCAGCAGUUAAUUAAGGUCACAAAUAAUAUCAGAGCUCUGAAUUUCACUGUGGUGAUCAGGGUUCCUGUGAAGCUCGGUGACAAAGACAUUUGGGUGGAUACGAACAGUUUGCAGAUUACAGAUUGUCAGAGAGACAGAGAUGAAAGACCUGUUGUCACAGAUUUUAUUGCACGGAUAAAGGAAAACCGCAUUGUGAACUGCUCAGCAGCGAGGUGCAGAGUGUUCAGGUGCAGCACAUUCAUGGAAAGGUCAGAAGAGAAAACAUUUACGAUCUCUGCAAACCUCAGCUCAGGAUGGAUAGAGCAGAUUGGACUUCCAUCUGCCAAAUUUAUCUUAACCAGUACAGCCAGUUUAGAAUACGACAGAAACCAGUACAUCUUCUUCUCAACAGCCUCGAAUAACGCCCCUCCUGUUCGCAAGAUUGAGACUGAGGUAGAAGUGUUUCCUGAACCAGAUUUUACCAAAGAGAUCAUAGGAGGAUCUCUGGGAGGGCUGGCUUUUCUGGUUCUUCUCACUGCUGGUUUGUAUAAGGCUGGAUUUUUUAAGAGCAAAUACAAAGAAAUGAUUGGUGAAAAUGAAGGAGAUAAUCCAGAAGGAGCUCAACCCACAGAGGAAUAA